CUCCUGGCAUUUGCAGACAGGCGAGAGCUGCAGCUCCUGCACUUCUGGCUCUUCCUGGCCAUCUCCCUGGCUUCCCUCCUGGCCAACGCCCUCAUCCUCAGUGCUGUAGCCUGUGACCACCACCUGCACACCCCCAUGGGCUUCUUCCUGCUCAACCUCUCCCUCACAGACCUGGGCUGCAUCUGCACCACUGUCCCCAAAGCCAUGCACAACUCCCUCUGGGACACCACAACCAUCUCCUACAUGGGAUGUGCUGCACAGCUCUUUUUCUUUGCCUUUUUCAUCUCAGCAGAGUUUUCCCUCCUCACCAUCAUGUGCUACGACCGCUACAUUGCCAUCUGCAAACCCCUGCACUACGGGACCCUCCUGGGCAGCAGAGCUUGUGCCCACAUGGCAGCAGCUGCCUGGGCUGCUGGGUUUCUCUAUUCUGUGCUGCACACAGCCAAUACAUUUUCCCUGCCCCUGUGCCAGGGCAAUGCCCUGGGCCAGUUCUUCUGUGAAAUCCCACACAUCCUCAAGCUCUCCUGCUCACACUCAGGCUACCUCAGGGAAAUUUGGCUUCUUGUGGUUGGUGCCUGUUUCGUGUUUGGCUGUUUUGUUUUCAUUGUUUUCUCCUAUGUGCAGAUCUUCAGGGCAGUGCUGAGGAUCCCCUCUCAGCAGGGACGGCACAAAGCCUUUUCCACGUGCCUCCCUCACCUGGCCGUGGUCUCCCUGUUCCUCAGCACUGGCACAUUUGCCUACCUGAAGCCCCCUUCCAACUCCUCCCCAUCCCUAGAUCUGGUGGUGUCAGUUCUGUACUCGGUGGUCCCUCCAGCACUGAACCCCCUCAUCUACAGCCUGAGGAACCAGGAGCUCAAGGAUGCCCUGAGAAAAAUGAUGGCUGGAUGCUUUUCAGGAGCAAUAAAGCACCAGUUUUCUGGUGUGUAGCAUUCAGAAUGGGACUCCUUAAUGACCCAGCCUUCCUGCUCAGGUUUGUCGUGGAGGUCAUCAGGUUCUUCUUGCAAUAAUUUUCUGUGCAAUUAAACAUUGUUAUGCAUCUGCCUUCUAAUUUACU